UGGUUUUUGUGGGUUUUUUGCGAUCUCUCUGAGAGAGAGGGAGAGAGAUGGACAGUAAGUAAAACGACUAGAAAUGGAAGAGAAAUUAGGUUUCGUCCAAAUUAGAGAUUUCUCGGUGGAAAAUUAGACUGCGUGCAUGAAGCGAAUUUUGAAUUCCGAUCGGAAUCGGACGUGGUUUUCUCGCAAUCCGAAAAUCUCUUCGAUGCCGGACUUGGCCGGAGUUAUUUUAUUUCCCGGCGAUCUAGCCCCGGGCGAGAAUCUUGACGUAUUUGAUGCGGUUCUCCGAACAAAUCCUUCUUUCGGAGGUUGCUUCUUUCAUUCAAGCACAUAUUAAUUGAGCAACUGAGCCUGUGUACAGUAUGUGUCUGCAUUUCUGCAUCUGAAGAAGUGUUGUGAAUACAGUGAUGUUGUUUCUUACAGUUUGCUGAGCUUCUUGAGGACAUGAAUCUUUGAGAUAUGGUGUUUAAGAAGAAGUUCGAAUGCAGUUCUAAUGGUUACCAGGUUCCUGCAAUGCCCCAAAUUCCAAUAUCAGCCAAGGGAAAGCGUUCAGUUAGAAGGAAGGUGGUGGAUAACCAAAUGUGUGCAUUUGACUUGCUCAUAGCUGUAGCAAGGAAGAUACUAGAGAGAGAUAAUUCUUCAACCGUGAAUAGCAUAGUUGGCAACUCUAACCAGAAUGUUAAACAAGAGCAACUAGAUGAAGAGAAGUUUUGCAAAGAUGAAGCUUUUUAUCAAGUAAGCUGUAAUGAAAGUACAUCUACGUCUGAACUUCCCAUCCAAAGGCAGGUCAUCCAGACUUUGGAGGAACGUUCGCAAAUUCCAAAUGCAACAGCUUCUGGACCUACUUCUGCCAUUGUAAAAUCUGAUGCAUUGAACAAGGAUACCUGUACUGGGGAUUCUAUAGCUAACGGCAGCAAAGAAGAAUUUGCAUAUUCUCUUGGCACAACUGCCAAGAAAUGUUGCACUGAAAGUCACUCUCCAGGUUCUCCAGAAUCUUGUGAUGCUGACAUGGUGGAUGAGAUAAAGACACCAUUCCUAGUUGAGCAGCAUGAAGCUGAAACUGGAAUGUUUAAAAACAUCCAGCAUGCCUGGAAUUUGGACAAUCCAAAGGAGCUAGAUGCGAAACCCCCUGCUUUGUCUAGUUCAGACAGCAGUAUCGAGAUGCCUCUGCAUGGGCAUCACAUUCCUCCUAUCAGUUCCUUUCCCAUUUGCGAGGAUAAUAUGGAACUAGCUGUAGAUAGAGAUGAUGACGAAAACUCUUUUGGGUGCACUAAUCCUAGCACCAUAACUUCUAAGGCCUUGAAGCCUCAAUAUCACAAAAUAAGAAAGCUCUUUUCUAGAACUGAUGUAGAAACGAAGCCUGCUUCUCACAGUAGGAAAAUUUGUCACGCACGCCGAAGGACUCAGAGGUCUUUAUUUAAGAGGAGAAAAGUGUUUGAGCACUGCUCAAUAUCACCAUCUGAUGGGGGAAUUAGUAGCAAAGGCUUUUGUAACCCAUUUGAAAAAGAAAUAAACUAUAACACCAACAAUUCAUAUGCUGUUCUUCAUGGAGUAUAUAUAUCUUUUGCAGCAAAUUGUACAUCAUCUUCUGCUACUGGUCAAAUAGCAUUGCAUAAAUCUGAAGAUUUCCAUGCAGUGAAACUCAGUAUCAAAUCAUUCAAGGUGCCAGAACUUUUCAUAGAGAUUCCGGAAACUGCUACUGUUGGUUCACUUAAGAGAACAGUCAUGGAGGCUGUGACAGCUAUUCUUGGAGGUGGAUUGCAUGUGGGAGUUCUACUCCAAGGAAAGAAGGUUAGAGAUGAUAACAAAACCCUACUCCAAGCUGGAAUAUCUCAUGUUGAUAAGAUGGACAAUUUGGUCUUUAUGCUGGAGCCCAGUUCUAGGGGAGCUUCAUUGCCAGUCACAAACCUUGAAUAUCCACGUCCUCUUUUUCCCUGUGAUGCUACUGAACCGUUAGCCGGGCUUCCAGCUGUUUCUCCUGCACCGGCUCCAGAGAUAUUUAAUCCCAGUCCAGAGCCUCAGCUGAACUCUGCAUUGAAUUUUUCUGAGAGUGACCAUGAUUCAGUUUACUCUCCUAUGGAUACUAAAUUACUAAAUAAAGCACCAGCAGCACCACCAACGCCACCAACAACAGCAUCAAAUUCACGAGCUCUAGUUCCUGUCCCAGCCAUGAGAAUUGAGGCCUUGUCCAUGGUUCCGUUGCGUAAACCAAGACGGUCUGAGCUUCCUCAACGUAGGAUUAGGAGGCCAUUUUCUGUCUCUGAAGUUGAAGCACUGGUCCAGGCAGUUGAAAAGCUUGGAACUGGAAGGUGGCGAGAUGUCAAACUUCAAGCUUUUGACAAUGCUAAGCAUCGGACUUACGUAGAUCUGAAGAUCAUCAUAAGGGGGUGUUUGUGCAUGCAGGAUAAAUGGAAGACGUUGGUGCACACUGCAAGAAUAUCUCCUCAGCAAAGGAGGGGAGAGCCGGUUCCUCAAGAGCUUCUGGACCGGGUUCUUGCCACACAUGCCUAUUGGUCGCAGCAGCAAGCCAAGCUCCAUUUCAAACCACCUCUACCUUAGGCCUGCAUGCUAGUCUAGACCUCUUCUUUCCAUCUACGAUGGUGGGGGAGCCAAAAGACAACGGUAUCUUGUAAAGACAUGAUAGAAGAAAGGGGAAAAGGUAACAAUAAGAAAAUUCAGGAGUUCUUGUAUUAUUCUCUAUCUCGCAUACAACAUGCUUAAGCCAGGGUUUCAUCUCCUGGUGAAUUCUAUAAAGGAGAGGGCUAAUUUGGCACCUGUACAUGAUGAUGACGAUGAUGAUCCAGGAACCAAGGAAAUAAGACUGGUCUUGCCAGCAGUAUUGAUUCUCAUGCUGUUGACCCCCUUUUUUGGGUGCCUUCUGAUUCCAAUCAACAUAACCUUCUCUGAUUUGUCACUAUUCAUUCUUUUAAGAGCAGACUGUUGUUUUACGUUAGAAUAAUUAUGGGGGGACUAUGAACAGAAGGAUUAAGAAAUGUUUUCAAGUUCAUAUAUGUGGAUCCAUUGAUCAUUGUUUCUGAUUGUAUUUUUUGUACCUCUUUGGAUUUUGCUACCAGUGCUCUUCUAUUGUCUUUUCUGCAUAUCUUGUUAUGCAUUCAUCUAACGUUUACAUUGUAUGUAUCUAAUGCUUAUAAUGGAUCUGUUUGUGCUUUUAA